AUCUUCGAUCCAUCAGUGGGAGGGUGGGGGUUUUUUGAUGCAGCACCAGCCCGGUUUCCAUGGAGUCAUACCCGACAAGUCUUUGCGACUGAGGCAUGCCAUUCUUCUCCCUGCUGCUGAAAUGCACCGCUUAUUCUGACUCAAGCUAUUGUGGAGCGCACAAGUGGCUCUCACAAGAGAAGGGGAUGGAGAGAGAAAGGGUGGGGUCAAGGUUCAAACGAAAGACCCCGUUGGGACUCUUUUUCGGUUAUCAAAAUUUCUGAGAGACAAAAAGAGCUACAGUCUCAUUCCUGGGGGCAUCUUGAGGGAGAGAAGAGGGGUUAUAGGACAGCAUUCCUGGUGUCAGAGCACACGUUCUUUCUCGGAGCAGCAGAUAAACUCCCCUGUCUUCACUUUGCUCCGAGUACCACUUCCUUCUGAGGAGUUCUGGAGCCAGAUGGAGUCUUUUGCAGUGGAAGUACCGUCCCUUCUGUUGAACCAGUCGUCAGAGGGCUGUGCAGCAGCUUCAGCAGAGACAACAGUGGAGGACCAGCUGUUUGGAUGGUUCUACAUCCUGGUUUUUGUUCUGGCUCUGAGUGGCAACGGUUUGGCUCUCUGGAUCUUCUCUCGCCAACGUGGGGUUUUCUCUCCUGCAAACGUCUUCUUGAUUCAUCUGGCUGUAGCAGAUCUAUCAUACGUGAUCAUCCUCCCACUUCGAGCCAUCUACCACUUCACUGGAGGCCACUGGCCCUUCGGCGAGGUGCCCUGCAGGGUGGUGGGCUUUUUGUUUUAUGUCAACAUGUACGCCAGCCUGUACUUCCUGGCCUGUGUGGCAGGGGAUCGCUACCUGGCUGUGGUUCACGCAGUGAGGUCAAUGAAGAUUAGAAAUGCUCGCUAUGCUCACAUCAUCAGCUUCUCUUUAUGGGUGCUGGUUACCAUCUCCAUGGCACCACUGCUUAUCACCCAUCAGACUGCUCAGGUGGACAACACCACCGUGUGUUUGCAGCUGUACCGAGAGAAGGCUUCGCGUAAAGCCCUAAUCUCUCUUGCCGUGGCUUUCACACCCCCUUUCCUCGUCACCCUCUCAUGUUAUCUGCUCAUCAUCCGCAGCCUGCAUCGAGGCUCCAGGCUCGAACCAGCUCUAAAGCUGCGAGCUCUGCGCACCAUUGGUGUGGUCAUGCUCAUUUACGUGGUUUGUUUCCUGCCUUAUCACAUGAGCAGGGCCACCUUUAUCCUUGGUUACAACCACCCUGAUAUCUCCUGCCAGGUACGCAGAGCCCUAAGCGUGGCCAACCGCCUCACCUCCUCUCUCACCAGCCUAAACGGAGCCAUGGACCCUCUGGUCUACCUGUUUGGGGCUGAGAAAUUCCGCAGCACACUUAAACACUUGUUUUGUAGAGAUAAGGCAGGAAUGUCUGGAGCCACCAGUGGAGAGUUAAAGGGAACACACGAGAGCUCUCUGAGUGCCAAGUCUGAGUUCUGAGGCUAUUGGAUUUUAUCACGACCAAGAAAGCUGUCAUCAAAACAUGUUUCCAACCAAACCAGCUUUACCGGACAGUUGCUGGAAGACAUUCAUUACCGAAAGCAGUGUGCUCCCUGCACCCGCAUCAAUAAACCCCAAAACCUUAAGUAUUUGAUCACCAAAAGACACAAAGACAAACAACCUAUUGUAACAUUUUGUUGUGACUAUGGGUGCAUUAUAAAUGAUGUUCAGAUAAAUCCUUGUAAAAGUAUGGUUAUAAUGAACUGAGGUCAAAUCCCCCCCCCCCCCCCUUCUUUUCUUUUUUUAACUGGUAAAAGCCACAGAUAUUUGUAUUUUAAUAAUUGAGGGUUUAAUUUGUGUCAAGUUAUUUUAGCUUCUAACAGUUUGUGAAAGACAUUGUUAAAAGUAUUGUACAUUUCCAAGAGACGUUUGGAGUAACUCCUGCUUUCCACCGGAGCCGUCAGCAGCACGUUACUGCAGCAGCACGUCACAGCUGCUGAUAGGAACCGCUGUGGUCAACAGAA